CGAGCCGGGCCGUUGGCGAUGGGCGGGGCCUGGAGCCGUUGGCGCGCGGAUUUGAAGAUGGCCGGAGCGCCCGGGAGUGAUGGCGUUUUUCUGUGUCCCAUGCGGCUGGCGCAGGCGGAGGCUGUGGUCGGGGACUGGAUGCUGGAGUUCACCUGCUACUGCCUGUGCCGGCACUUCAGGGAGGGGCGCACGGCGGAGUUCAGGCGAUGCAGGAACGUGGCGCAGGCUGUUAUCAAUAGCCUCUCCAAAAUACCUGCACGUCAGAAAAAAACAGUGUAUCUCUGCCAGCUUUUGACAAGAAUUGCAAAAGGAAAAAGACUUGAUUGUCAUUUUGAAAAUGAUCAAAGAAUUUCGCCUUUGGAAUCUGCUCUGUCAGUUUGGACUUUACUUGAAAGGGAAGAAGGUAAACCUGAUAAGCUUCAUGAAGAUAUUCGUCGUCUAAUUCAGAUUCAGGUUGUAGCAGUCCAUAUGGAAAAAGGAUAUUUUAAGGAGGCUGCUGAAGUUCUUGAAAGGCUAUUUACAGAUUUGGAAUCAAAUAAGCCUUUAAGGAUGAAGCUGGCAACCAUAGUCAAAAGCAAGGAUCCAUACGUUCCCUUUCUUCAAAACUUCAGUUAUGAUCUUUUGAUAAGUAAAAUGAAGUCUUAUGUUGAGCUUUUCAUAAAAGACAAUGAAACUAACUUUUUAAUACAGGCAGCCACUAAAGAGGUGGAAGCUAAAGAAUUAGGAGCAACAAUGUUGCAGAAGGAAACUGUGAAUGUCAGUGAGACAGAGGAAGAAAGUAAUUUGGAAACAAAUCAGAGCUCUAUGGAAGAGCAGAGUAUUACAAAUCAGUCAUCUGGAGAUGUAAGAAAACCCAUAGUAAGGCAUCGCUCGGGACAGAAACACAGAAAAAAGAGUGUUCUUCAAAGUUUGAACAGCUUGCAGAAUGUAGAAAAACAUGGAGAUGCUUGGGCUUGUGGCCGAAAAAGGCAGAUGGCAUUUCAUUGCAAUGGUUCAGUGCCUGUUUUCAGCCCUUUCGUUGCUGUGUUUUCAGUUAGCUACAUACAAACAGUCUGCAGUGCAAGCAAAAGGAAAUGUACUUUAUUUUCUCAUUCCUAAAUUAAACUCCUUUGGGAUGCAAAUGUCACUGAGAAUUUAGAGAACUAUUUGUGCUGAAGUGAUAUCUUGUUUUUGUGUGACAGGUCCUUUGAGAUGUCUAAUUAAAAUCUGUUUGUCUAUUUGCUUAAAUAAUGUGUCUGAAAAUCCAGGUUUUCAGAAUUCAGCCAGACAUGUGUGAAAGUUAAUUGCAUAUAUUUAAAUUUGGAGAAAUUUCAGAAGGAAGAAGCAUCCCUCUUCUUGCAUAAUCAAAUGAUGGCGCAUUGCUAGCAAAAAAUGAUUCUAAGGCUUAACAAGAUCUUUGGAUAUGUGAGGAUAUGUCUACACAGUCUGUCUGGCAAACCAAAGUUUGUUCUACCAGCAUUCUGUGCUAGCCAAAUGUCAAACAGCUCUGGACUAGACACUGUCAUUAUGUUAGCUCAAGCGUAGUGCUGUAUUAUGUCCAGUCGUCCAGCCAGUCUUACUAGCUGAUAACAAUGCAGUGACAGAGUCCAUACAACGGCCGUCCUAGAAGGCACAGGCAGUUUGUGUUGUGUGGGUAGGAAAGUUGUUGCAGUUCUAUAUAGUUCCCAUUGAAAAGAGGAGAGGAAAAAAAAGUCCAAUUUACCUGUAUGUAGGAUCUUCAUUUGUAUGUUAAACUGAAGAAACUUAUUUAAAAAAAAACCUCAGUGUAAGCAAUUAAAAGCAAAACAAUAAAAAACAUUUUAACAGCAAAUGUAAUUAAUCACUGCAACAAGUUGACAAGGGUUGUGACUGUCUCUGGUGCUGGAAAUAUUUGAGUCAUUAUCUGGUGCUAUAGGUCAAGCAUAGCAGUGUUACUUGAAUAAAGAUUUUAUUUAGGAAAGUUUUCUGGCAUGCUGCAAAAUAAGUUGAAAGAGAUGAUGCCAAUGGAAUCUCUGGCCUUUUAUUUAAAAAAAAACUUUGCUGCUACUAUUGCAAAAAAUCUGUUUCACUUAUUUCUUAAUGCAAUACUUGGGUUUCCAAGCAUGAGCAAUUACAUGAAGUGUUUUUCAUAAACUUCUCUAAAAUUAUAUAUCUUUAAUGUUUUCAGUUCUUUACAAAGACUGAACUACUGCCACUGAUUCUACUACUGCCAUGGUCUUUCACUGGUUAGUGAGUGAGGCCUAUCAAUGAUCAUUGUUUCUUGUGGCAAGACUUCUCACUCGGUUUAAUACAUGCUGUUAGUUGUCCUGUUAGAGCAACUUGGACUUUCAGAUGUGAAAUCUGUUGGUCUUCAUGUAACCCAGUUUGCAGUUUUUUAGAAUCCACAUUUUCACUGAGCAUGACUAAAUAACAAGGCUUUUGCUAACUUGCUGACUCUACUGGUGCUUUUAUUUACAAAAACACUUUCUGGAUGCCUUUGCUGUUUCAGAGCAACUACAAAAUAAGUAAAGCACAGGCAGUGGUUAAAUGCAAAAAUAUAGCUUCCUGGUUGGAUUUUCAGCAGUCUUUUGGUCAUCACAUGCAUACACAUGCACAUUGGAUCAUCAUGUAUUUUGCGGAAUUGCAGUAACUAACAAUUUUUAAUAGAGAAUCUGCUGGUGCUCACAGAAAAUCCAGCUUGAGGUCAAUGAAAACUGACUAUUUGUCUCCUUUUAUAACUUAUGGUGGUCCAUGAAAGCAUUAGAAGUAGCAGGAUAUCUCCAGUGCAAGCAGCAGAAAUGAGCACGGAUGAAUUAAAUGAAACAGACCAACCCCAUUCUUUGUACAUCUCGGGGCAAGCUCAUUAACGUUUUCGAGUUAACAUCUUUUCUGUAAGCAAAGUCUUUGCAUUUCCAAUGUCUGAGAAUGAAUUGGAAAGAACAUUCUAUCGAGUGCGUUUUGAAAUAGAAAUUGAUACUUUGUUUUUAAAAACAGUUUUCCUAAACAGUAAUUUCAAGCAGGAAUAUUGUCCUGUUUUUGCACAGAUGAUGUGCAAUUCAGUUUUCCUCAGGAGGUGUACUAAUGGUACAUCAAUAUGGUUAUCUGUGUAUUAAGCAGGGAUUUGAAGACAGUUGUCGAGAAUUAUAUUCCAAUAGAAUAUGGGUUUUUGUUUUGUUGUUAAUACUUUCUCAUUAAAAUUCUUAACUGAUACUCCAGAUUGAGGGGGAAAAUGGCCAUAUUUUAAGCACCUGUAUUAAAAAUGUUUGCAACCUCAUAGAACUUUUUUAAAAAUAGGCAUGAUAUGACACAUGUAUAGGAUCUAUAAUCUGUUGUUACACAUACAUAUUUCUAUAAAGCUACAAUAGAAGAGAGUUGAUAUGCAUAAUUUACUGUAAAGUUAAAUUUAAGAAAAAUCAGGUAUUGCAUUUUGAUUCUCUUACUGUGUACAGCCUUAAAAUAAAGGGAUAAUAAUUGAUAUUUGUAUUGAAAGCCUACCAAGGAAGAACUGGUGCACUAGAGAAUGUCAUCAGAAGAAGAGUUACUUACAGAUGUAUAAAUAUCCAAGUAAAUGACUCUUAUAAUAAAAGAGAAAUGGCACCCCCUGAAGAUCAAAAAGUUUUCUGGUCAUGACAGUGAGACUGUAGUGUGCUCAAAGUGCCAAAAAGUACAUAACUAUUAUCUGGGGAUAUGGCUAAUCUCCUUUUAAAUGCAAUAUGUAUAAUUUUGCCUUUAUCAGCAUUUUAAAUUUUGUGUUUUUUAAGCACAUUGAAAUUCUAUCGCUAUUGAUAAGCAGUAUCUUGAUUCUCAGUCCCCAGGUUGUAUCACAAACUGCUAGACCUUUUGUAAUGCAUACUAUGUUUUAUCAAGGUUUGUGCUGGCUCAAUUAGCCAAUAAAGUAAAAUUUUGGAAAA